GCGGGCGGGGCGGCGGCGCGAUGAACCUGUUACCGAGAAGCUGUAAGGAUUUCGGCUGUGCGGCCUACUGGGAGAAGUUCUUCCGGCAGCGGGGCCCCGCAGCCUUCGAGUGGUACGGCUCCUACGGCCAGCUGGCCGCCCUCCUCCACAAGUACCUCAGGCCCAGCGACCGGGUGCUGGUGGUCGGCUGCGGCAACUCGGAGCUGAGCGAGCAGCUGUACGACGUGGGCUUCCAGGACAUCGUGAACAUCGACAUCAGCGAGGUGGUCAUCGAGCAGAUGAAGGAGCGCAACGCCGGCCGGCGGCCGCGCAUGAGCUUCCUGCGGAUGGACGUGACCCGGCUGGAGUUUCCGGACGGGCAUUUCCAGGUGGUGCUGGACAAGGGCACCCUGGACGCCGUCCUGACGGACGAGGAGGAGGCCACGCUGGAGCGAGUGGACCGGAUGCUGGCAGAAGUGGGCCGGGUCCUGCGGGUCGGGGGCCGCUACCUCUGCUUCUCCCUGGCCCAGGCCCACGUCCUGAAGAAGGCGGUGGGCCACUUUGCCCACGAGGGCUGGAUGGUGAGGGUUCACCAGGCGACCGGCGGCCGGGACCGGGCCGGGCCGGGCGAGGGGUCGCGCUUCUCCCUGCCCGUCUUCGCCUUCGUCAUGACCAAGUCCAGGCCGGUCCCCGGCUCGGCCGUGAGGGUCCUGGAGCUGUGGCCCCACGAGCAGGCCCAGCCGGUGCGGCUGGAGAGCGCGGAGCGGCUGGCCGAGGCGGUGAGGGAGCGGCAGCGCUACGCCUGGCUCCGCGGCCGGCUGAGCCGCGAGGAGGGGCCGCCGAGCGUUUCCCUGGACCUGUGCGACGGGAGCACCGGGGAGCCGCGCUACACGCUGCACGUGCUGGACGGCCCCGCCGCAAAGCCGACCCGCGACAAUCACUUUGCCAUCUUCAUCGUCCCCCAGGGUCGAGAGACGGAGUGGCUCUUCGGGACGGAAGAGGGCCGGAAGCAGCUGGCGGCCAGCGCGGGGUUCAGGAGGCUGAUCACGGUGGCCCUGCACAGGGAGCAGCGGUACGACGGGAUGGACGGCAUCCAGGCUGAGCUGUCGGGGAAGGUCAUGGAGCUGGCCCCGCCAGGCCUGCCGGCCCAGCACCAGGUGCCGUUCUUGUCGGUGGGCGGAGACAUCGGGGUCCGGACCGUUCAGCACCGAGACCGCAGUCCCCUGAGCGGCGAUUACGUCAUCGAGGACGUGAAGGGAGAGGACACGCGCUACUUUCGGCGGCUGAUCUUCCUCAGCAACCAGAACGUAGUGCAGUCAGAGGCCAGGCUGCUGAUGGAUCCGCCUCUCAAGGCCCAGAAAAAGCAGAAGAAGAACAGGAAGCUACCUCGCCCGGCCAGUGCCCCCGAUAAUCCUCCGGCGCCCCCGACUCAGUCCAUCGACAAGAGCUUUCUGUGCUGCGAACACCACAAGGCCAUGAUUGCGGGGAUGUCUUUACUGAGAGACCCAGAGCUGCUUCCAGAGGCCCCGGUGGUAGUGCUGGUGGUGGGGCUGGGUGGGGGCAGCCUGCCUCUCUUCAUCCACGACCACUUCUCGCAGUCCCGCGUCGAAGCUGUGGAGAUUGACCCCUCCAUGCUGGAGGUGGCGACCCGCUGGUUCGGCUUCUCCCCGAGUGACCGGCUGAAGGUCCACAUCGCCGAUGGCCUGGAUCACAUCAGCAGCCUGGCUGGAGAAGCACAAACUCAGUACGACGUCAUUAUGUUUGAUGUUGACAGUAAGGAUCCAGCACUGGGCAUAAGUUGUCCACCCCCCGCCUUUGUGGACAAAGAUUUCCUGCAAAAAGUGAAAAGUAUCCUGGCACCUGAAGGUGUCUUUGUCCUGAAUUUGGUGUGCCGGGACUCAGGCCUGAAGAACUCGGUGCUGGCCGGGCUCAAGGAGGUGUUCCCCUUGCUGUACAUCCGGAAGAUCGAGGGGGAAGUCAACGAGAUCCUGUUCUGCCAACUCCAUCCCAAACGGAAGCUGGCUACCUCAGAGCUGCUGGAGAUGGCCCGGGCCUUGGAGAAAACGCUGAGGAAGCCCGGGAGAGGCUGGGACAGCACGUAUGUCCUGUCGGACAUGCUCAAGACCGUGAAGAUCAUGUGACAGCCAAGAGCAGGAGGGGCUCUUAACUCCCUGACAGACUGACUUUAAACUGGUGGGCUAUGGAGACGGUAUAUGGAGGAGCCUUAGGGAGAAAUAAUGCCAAAAAAAGUUCUUUACGUUCUUUGUUC